GCUCAGGGAGGGGAAGCUCCAAUCAGCACCUGCGAUUGGAGGAGAUGCUCUCCCUCCCCCCCGCCUUUCCUCCCUUGCUGUAAACCACGUUGAGUUUGUAGCACUAAUUAAUUUUUCCAAAGUCUGGGAGGGCUUCGCUGCAAGUCGGGAUUCAGCUGCUGCCGCUGCCGCCAUCAACGGCCCUUCGCCCGCCUCCUUUUCCUCCCCGCAACGCGGAGCCCAGUUGCGGAGGCCCCUCAAUUGCAAUAAAAUGUUUGACGGCUCUUUCCUGUCUCUUACAUUCCCCCUUCUGGUGCUGCUCUGCGGACCGGGCACCGAUACAGCCAAUGCAGAGCUGGAUGUGGUGGUCCCAGAGAAGGUGUCCCUUGACAGGAUCUAUUUACCGCAGAGUGGAGGGAGCAUCUCCGAGGAGAGGCGGAAGCGACGCUCUGUGGCUCUGCUGCCGGAAGAGGAGGCCGAGGUGCUGAUCGUCCGCCUUCCUGCAGGUGUUGGCCCCAAUCCGGGCUCUGACCUCUACUUGAACCUUCAUCGAAAUGUGCACUUUUUGGCACCGGGUUUCUCUGUGGAGGAAAUUGGCACGGACCAAAGCAGCCGUCGAGUGGAUGUGGAUUGCUUCUGCUUCUACACCGGCCACGUGCUGAACCACAGUGUGGACUCCUUCGCUUCUCUCAGUGCCUGCGGCGGGCUGGUUGGCUAUAUCCAGAUUGGAUCAGAACAGGUGCAGAUACAACCCGUGAACAAGUCCGAGACCUCAUUUGAUGGGAAAGAGCACUUCAUCCGGCGCAAACGGUCCACCAGAUCAGCCCGCCUUGCCAAGUCGGAGAUCCCAAGUGAGCCCUGCAGAGUGGUAGCAGAAAAGAAGAGGCAAAAAAAGACAAAGCUGACCAAUGACUGGAGAGAGCGGAGGAAUGCUAUUCGGCUCACAAAUGAGUACACAGUGGAAACACUCGUGGUGGCAGAUGUUGAUAUGGUUCAGUACCACGGGGCAGAUGCUGCUCAAAGAUUCAUUGUUACUGUGAUGAACAUGGUGUACAACAUGUUUCAACACCAGAGCCUUGGAGUUAAAGUCAAUAUUCGAGUGACUAAGCUUGUCCUCCUUCAAAGCCGUCCUGCCAAGCUGUCCAUUGGGCACCAUGGGGAGAGGUCCCUGGAGAGUUUUUGCCACUGGCAAAAUGAAGAAUUUGGAGGUGCAAAGUACCUUGGAAACAAUCAGGUCCCAGGAGCACGAGAUGACGCCCCUUCAGUGGAUGCUGCUGUCUUUGUCACCAGGACAGACUUUUGUGUCCACAAGAAUGUGCCCUGUGACACUGUGGGGAUUGCCUAUCUUGGGGGUAUCUGCAGUACAAAGAGGAAGUGUGUCCUUGCAGAAGACAAUGGGCUGAACCUGGCGUUUACCAUUGCGCAUGAACUGGGACACAACAUGGGGAUGAGCCAUGAUGACGACCACUCAUCCUGUGCAGGAAGAUCUCACAUCAUGUCUGGAGAAUGGGUGAAGGGGAGGAACCCCAGUGACUUAUCCUGGUCUACCUGCAGUCGGGAUGACCUUGAAAAGUUUCUCAAAUCAAAAGUUAGCACCUGUUUGCUGGUAACGGAUCCACGGAGCCAGUAUGCCGUGCGACUUCCUUACAAACUUCCAGGAAUGCAUUACAGUGCAGAUGAGCAGUGCCAGAUCCUCUUUGGAACCAAUGCAACUUUCUGCAAGAAUAUGGAACAUUUGAUGUGCGCCGGUCUCUGGUGCCUUGUGGAAGGAGAUGCAUCUUGCAAAACCAAACUGGACCCUCCUCUGGAUGGCACAGAAUGUGGAGCAGACAAGUGGUGCCGAACAGGAGAGUGUGUCAGCAAAACUCCCAUCCCCGAACAUGUAGAUGGAGACUGGAGCAUGUGGGGGCAGUGGAGCAUGUGCAGCAGGACUUGUGGGACCGGUGCCAGAUUCAGACAACGCAAAUGUGACAAUCCACCCCCUGGGCCUGGGGGCAAAAACUGCCGUGGUACAAGUGUCGAACACACAGCUUGUGAAAACUUGCCCUGCCCGAAAGGGGUGCCCACUUUCCGAGACCAACAGUGCCAGUCUCAUGACAGACACUCCAAUAAGAAGAAAAGCCUUUGGACUGCAGCCAUCAUGGAUGAUAAGCCCUGUGAACUGUAUUGCUCUGCAUUUGGGAAGGAGUCCCCGGUGCUGGUAUCAGACAGGGUAGUUGAUGGAACUCCCUGUGGGCCUUAUGAGGCUGACCUCUGCGUUCAUGGCAAGUGCCAGAAAAUUGGCUGUGAUGGGAUCAUUGGCUCAGCUGCCAAAGAAGAUCGUUGUGGUAUCUGCAACGGAGAUGGCAAAACCUGCAAAGUGGUGAAAGGAGACUUCAACCACACCAAAGGGAUGGUAUCCAAUAGUCAAUGUAAGAAGGUUUCCACGUGUGUGAUGACAAAGGGAAAGGCAGUCCCCAAGUGUUUUUCGUGUUACAUCGAAGCAGCAAUAAUCCCUGCUGGGGCACGACGGAUCCGUGUGACGGAGGAUAAACCUGCCCACAGUUUUCUGGCUUUGAAAGACUCCAGUAAGAAAUCCAUUAAUAGUGACUGGAAAAUUGAACUUCCUGGUGAGUUUCAGAUCGCAGGGACGACUGUCCGGUAUGUGCGAAGAGGUCUGUGGGAGAAAAUCUCUGCCAAAGGACCAACUAAAAUACCACUUCACUUGAUGGUGCUGUUAUUCCAUGACCAGAACUACGGGAUCCACUAUGAAUACACCAUUCCUGUAAACUACUCUGCGGAAAACAGAAGUGACCCAGAUCAUCAGCAGGACUCCUUGUACAUAUGGACACACAGUGGAUGGGAAAGUUGCAAUGUGCAGUGUGGAGGAGGUGAACGUAAAACCAUUGUGUCCUGUACACGGAUUGUUAACAAGACCAUGAUAUUAGUCAAUGACAGUGCUUGUCAGCGGGUGACCCGUCCUGAGCCUCAGAUUAGAAGAUGCAAUGUGCACCCCUGCCAGUCAAGGUGGGUGGCUGGGCAGUGGAGCCUUUGUUCUGCAACCUGUGCCAAAGGCAUCCAGCUCCGAGAAGUGGCAUGCAUCUAUCAGCUGCAGAAUGGCACCUACGUCAACACCAGGGAUCUGUAUUGCCUUGGCCCCAAGCCGACAGCAAUACAAAGCUGUGAAGGUCGAGACUGUCUUUCCAUAUGGGAAGCAUCCGAAUGGUCUAAGUGCUCGUCCGAUUGCGGGCGGGGGGAAAAGAAGAGGACGGUCACAUGCACCAACUCUCAAGGGAAGUGUGAUGCAUCCACGAGGCCGAGAGAUGAGGAAGAGUGUGAAGAUCACACAGGCUGUUAUGAGUGGAAGACGGGAGACUGGUCCAAGUGCUCCUCCACUUGCGGGAAAGGCCUCCAGUCCCGCGUGGUGCAGUGCAUGCACAAGGUCACCGGUCGCCACAGCAACGAGUGCCCUGUCAUCUCCAAGCCUGCGGCCUACCGACAGUGUCAUCAGGAACCCUGUAAUGAGAAGAUAAAUGUCAACACAAUUACCUCUCCAAGGCUUGCUGCUCUGACAUACAAGUGCACAGGAGACCAGUGGACGGUUUACUGCCGGGUGAUUCGGGAGAAAAACUUGUGCCAGGACAUGAGGUGGUACCAGCGCUGUUGUCAGACCUGCAGAGACUUCUAUGCAAGCAAGAUGCAGCAGAAGAGUUAAUGAAACCUGCUGGUGCUCCUUAGCGUAUUACCGCUCAUAUGUACUGCUUCAUACAAAUGCAUCGUUAACUUAUGGAACUCCCUGCCACGAGAUAUGGCAAUAGCCACUUAGUUUAGAUGGCUUUCUUUAAAUAAUAAUAAUAACAAUUAAUAAUAAUAGUAAUGAUUAGACAAAAUUCAUGAAGGGAUAGGUCUAUCGAUAGCUAAUAGCUGUGACAGCAAAUUAGAACCUCUGUGUUCAGAGGCUCCAUAUCUCUGAAUGCCAGAUGCUAGUGGCCAACAACAGGGGAUGGCCAUUUCCACCGUCCAACAGCAGUGCCUGGUUGGCCACUGUUAAAACACCAGAAUGCUUGACUCAAUGGACCUUGGCCGGAAGCAGCAAGGCAAAUUGCAAACGAGAGGGUAAGCUGCCUACCAGAUCUCCGUUCAGCAAGUUGCUCAAACUUGGUGGAUUCCAACACUUAACCUAAUAAGUCUUGAAACUCCUUUUGCAGACUGGGUGAACCAAAGCAAUCCGCGACAGGAAAAAAAGAAGAAAACAAAUUCAUCUGGGAGCAAAUCACUUCCUUUAUACUGUUUUGACAUUGCUACUCCCCACCCCCCACCCCAGUAAUAUAUAGAUUAUUUCCAGCCACUGGAUGGCUUGCUACUAUUUUCCUUUAUUAGGAAAAGAUUUGAAUAGUUAUUAAAUUGAAUAAAGUCACAUGUACCUCAGCAGGAUAACCCUCUGGCAAGUAACUCAGACAACUCAGAGACAUUACCGAAUGCUUCAUUCUAUGCUCUGUUCCCAGACCGAAUGUGCGGGCGGAGGAAGGGUGACUUGAAAGCAAGAGCCAUUAAUGAAAUUUAUUAUUUUUUAUUUUUCAUUUUUAAAAAAGGCUUUGCUGGAAAAGCCCCUGAAAGUCAAACAGGAGUAGAUGAGUGCAUCUGAGAUCUCCUGAAGAAAGCUUGCUGCAGCUGCUGCCAACACAAGUAUAAUUUUAAAGGAACAAAAUGAAGAAAAAGCUAAUCAAGGGUUCGCUGUCUUCUUCCUCUCUUCCAGUAUAUAUUCUCUUUUGCCUUAUUUUUUUAAGGUGGUUUAUUUAUCCAGUGUUGAAAUUGACACAUAGGGGACAAAUGUCAUGAUCCCAGAAGCCCCAAUUGAAAUUGACACGCAUCUUCAACGCAUCAGCGCUGCUCAUGAGAAUUCAGGCCAACUUUAAACUGCCAGCCCAGGUUCAGCAACCCUGCUGAGCUGCAGGCAAGCAUGACUGGCCCUGUCUGUGCCCUUGCACCACCACAGCUACGUAAAGCCCCUGCACAGUCGUUUCAGUGGAAGGAGCAGCUCUGAGCCUGGAAAGCCAAUAUUCAUGUCACGCAUGGGGAACCUGCCACCCUCCAGAUGUUGUUAGACUCCAGAUCCCAUCAGCCCCAGGCACCAGGGCCGGUGGUCAGGGAUGAUGGGAGUUGGAGUCAAAGAGCAUUCGGAGGGCCACAGCUUCCCCACCUCUGGUUUAUGUGACACUGCCCAUUACUUUGAGAUGGAUAAGGGGCUAAGGGACCGGGGUAGAUCAGGGCCUCUGCACCCUCCGUAGAUUAUGGUAUUGAAAUUAAUUUGUUGAAUCGUUCAGGUGGUGGGAGCAGAAAAUGGCAGGGUCAGUCUGCUUUCUGGUCUCUGGUAUUUUUGAGCUGCAGUGUCUCCGGUAAUGGAGUCGUUACUGCAUUGUUCGCUAGGCAAGUAGCCUCCUGACAAUGGCAUUAUUGUUGCUUAUCUGGAUGGUGCGGGGGCAGAGCAAUGGUGAAGACAGGGCUGCACCAGCCAGGGGUAUAGUUGUCCAGGGUCUCAGGGGAUCUUAGACUCCUUCCUUUCUUGGGAGCCAGGUCCCAGCAGGGUCCCUAUGCCCCCAGCAUCCUACAAGCCAAUCGGCAUGAAAGGGGAGUGUGUUCGCCCCUGAGAAGAGUCCCUUCAUUAGUUGCUACUUCCAAGCCCCUGAGAAGAGUCCCUUCAUUAGUUGCUACUUCCAAAAGCCAAGAGUUGCGAGAGUGAGAAUUCUAUAAUUGCGGAAGAAGAGACAGUGAAUCCUGGUGAUAGCAUCCUAUCUACAUCAUCAAGCAGUUUGGUUGCAGCAGGAGACACUGAAUUCAGGAACUAAAGCAACUAAAGCAAUAUCUCUGACAGUGAGAAAGGACAGCCAAAUGGUGACAGAGAAGCAGAAAGCAGUAUUUGUGCUUGGCCCAAUUGUUCUAUAAUCUUAGAAGGGGGCGUGGCUGUGAUGAUCAUGAAGGGACCCUGCACUUCUGAAUUUGCCACUAUGCUACUGGUGCCGGCGCAAGGAAUGUGGUGCUCCCACUGCUGUGCAUACAUGCAGCACAUGUUGCUAACCCCAUCCCACUGUCCAGAUAAGUGGCGGUGACACCACUGUUGGGAGGGUGGCUCUGUGGUACCAAGCCACUGUACCAGCCGCUUCCGGAUCUGGUGGUAGGGAUUUAUUUUUUCAAAGAAAGAAAACGGGGACAUGCCGUUUCUGAGGGUUGCUGUGCAGUUCAAACAUAACCUUUUCAAGUGAUACUGUAAGAAAUCAGGGGCCUUGCCGCUUUCCACGGGAGUGCUGAUUUGGACAUGCUUUGUUAAAGCGCAUGCAGGCAAAAUGUUUGCAUCAGCAUCUGCAGCCACCAUGCUGAAGGGAUGAUGCGAUUAAGCUGUGAAGCUUCACUUCAACACCCUCCUGUAGUGACAAGAAUGCGACACUUAGCAGGCUCUGGUCCAAGAAGCCACUCUCGUCUUUCACAACUCAAGUUCACAUUGGGGCAUUCCGACAUCCGUAAUGCAGAAAUUAGGUAAACAUGCCUCUGGGUUGACCUGUUUAUACUUGGAGCUCACCAAGAUCCCCUGAUGUGCAGAAGAAGAUCACCCAUAUGCCAUAGUGAAAUGGAUCUAUAAUACUACAAUAUUGGAGGUUUUGGGGGGGAAAUCGUUGGGCAUGAGUUGCAUGACAAAUGUCGUACAGUUAAUUGAGUUUCCAGGGUACAGAUAUGGGAUCUUAUCAAUUGUUCCAAGACAGAAAAAAAAAAGCUAAUGGUGCUCAAAUAUUCAGGACAAGUUUCUAGCCCUUCUCAAAGGCAAUAGUAAUACUUGCAAAGUGGAGCAAGAGGAGUUUAUUCAUUUACUCAGCUCUAUUGGUGCUACCCUGCUCCUAUAUUAUCAGGUUGUCGGGGAGGGAGAAAUGAAUUCCUUGGUUCUAUCUUUAUAUAUUCUAUGUUUACAGGCUGGGCUGCAAUGAUGGUUUUGCUGACAUAUACAAAGCCACUGUGUCGUCCUGGUGGUGAGUCUGGUGCAGCCUUCCCUAACCUGGUGCCCUCCAGAUGUUUUGGACUACAACUCCCAUCAGCCCCAGCGAGGACUGCUGCUCUUCCAUCAGCCCCACCAUCAUAUAGCCAUGCUGACUGGCGCAGAUGGGAGUUGUAGUCUAACAUUUCCCCAGGCUGGGAUGGUUAGACUCCUAUUAGACUUACACAUUGGCUAGCAUAUGGCAACAAAUACCAGGAACAAUCCAGAGAGAGUUUGUGUUGGAGCAAGAACAAUUGAACUUGGGAUGCUUGAGGGUGCCCACACAUCUCAUUGAUUUCAGUGGGUAGACCUGGUGAGUGACUGUGGUAGGAACUCACUAGGACUUUGCUUCUGAAUAAGCAUGCUUAGGACUGCACUUUACUGGGAUACUUGGGUUCAAAUCCCCCUUCAGCCAGAAACUUCACUUGGUGGUUUUAGACAAAUCACUGUGUCGUAACCUAAUUAAAAAAAAACAACCUUCCUCCAUUAUUCUGUGAGCUCCUAAAAUGAGGGAUAAGAUAUCUAUGUAAUCUAUACCAUCACCCCGCUCAAAAAAGAAAGAAAAAACCAUUUAAAUUUCUCUGGAUUGUACCUAAUCUUUGUACAGUGCUGGGGAUAUUUAUCCAACCAGUUCACAUUCUUGAAUUCACUUGUUGUUUGUAGUAGCGCCUUCUGCUCCAAGUUUAAGGUUUUUUUUACCAUGUACCAGAUUCUCCUCUUAAAACAAAAUCAUGGAAAGACAUCCAGACAUUAGCUGUACUGUAGUUUACCUGUAGUUGUCUCCUUAACAAACAGUACCUUUAACAAACUACAGCUCCAUGAUUCUGUGGGGAAGAUAAAGCUCUUUAAAUGAACUUUAAAUGCAUAGUAACAAGUCUGAAGGUCUUUCCAUCCCCAGCUUAAGAUAAUUUCAUGUGCUUCCGUUUUGCAUAAUUUUGCAGAAGCAGCGACAUAAAAACAACAAUGCACCUAUAAGUACUUUAUUGUAAUCCAGCAAUUUUCAAUCUUUCUAUCUUUAGGAAGCAUUUUUUCAGGAACAUGCCAGUGAGGGACCUUGGGAUUUCAAUCACAGAGGCCCUGCGUAUUGCAAAGGAUUGUUGGGAAUGUUUUUAGGAUACGGUCUCAGUUCAGGUGGGACACUGGCCAGGAUGGUUGGGUGUCACCAAUGCUCUGUAUCAGUGCAGCCUCAAUAUCCCCUGCAAUCUGGACAGUUGAUAAGAUUCAUGUGAGCCAGCAAGCUCUCUUUCAGGGAUGCUUGUCCAUCAUUACUAAUUGCCUCACUGAGGAACUCCUUAUAAGCCUUUGAGGGAGCCAUGGGUUCCCUAGACCAUAGGGUGCUUCCAGAAGGGGGCUUAAUAUUGCAAAUGGGUCAUUGGGAUAUCAUGAAUGGGUCAUUUGUAGGGAUGGAGGAGAAAUUUAAUCCCAUUCAUAUUUAAAGCUGUAUCUAUUAAAUUCACAGUUUCUAAAACAAUCUGAGAACCGAAACACAGCCAUCCUUACCCAAAGUUUUGCACUUACCCAAAUUUUUGCAAUGCAGUUCUCCAACCAAAAUGCAUAUAUUAGGGGAA